CAGGAAAGUGGGACGAUCCAGUCAAGUUCUCACUUGACUUCAUUCAGAGUUCAUUCAGUUCAGACUAGAAGCUCGUUGUUGUUUGAAUCUUGCUACCCCAUUGAAUGAAAACAAACGAUGAUGUCAACGAACAUUUAAGCUCUGCGAAACUUCCUCAAGCUCUAGAAAUAUGAACGCGGAAGGUGUUUACAAGCGCACGCACAAACGUGAGGAGGCGCGAUGGAUGCAAAGGACAGAGAGCGGCUGCGGACACGGAACGCUUGCAAAAGAACCGAAAGCGCCAGUGUCCUGCGCUCGCUCAGCGUCGACAACAUAAACGACAAUGAGGCAAUGGCAGGCGUCUCGGACCUGGUUAAACAUGGCAGUCUUGAACAGCGACUCAUCGCCCCGAGGUACAGCUUGCUCCGUGAAGUUGGCAGGGGCAGUUAUGGCGUUGUGUACGAAGCCGUUGCCCGUAAAUCAGGUGCAAGAGUGGCGGUGAAGAAGCUGCGCUGUGACGCGCCUGAGAACGUGGAGUUGGCGCUGGCGGAGUUUUGGGCUUUGACCAGUCUGGAGAAACGCCAUGAGAAUGUGGUGCAGCUGGAGGAGUGUGUGCUUCAAAGGAACGGGAUGGCCCAGAAAAUGAGCCAUGGUAAUACGCGUUCAAAGCAGUAUUUGAGGUUGGUCGAGACCUCAUUGAAAGGUGAGCGUGUAUUGUCGUGUCCUGAUGAGCCCUGCUACCUGUGGUUUGUUAUGGAGUUUUGCGAGGGAGGGGAUCUGAAUCAAUUCAUCUUGUCGCGACGGCCCGAUCCCCGUACCAACGCCAGCUUCAUGAUGCAGCUGAGUAGCGCUGUGGCGUUCCUGCAUGAAAACAACAUUGUUCACAGAGACCUUAAACCAGAUAAUAUCCUCAUCUCGGAGCGUUCUGGCGCACCUGUGUUGAAAGUAGCCGAUUUCGGACUGAGCAAAGUGUGUGCUGGUCUGAGUGCCGGAGUACGAGACUCAGAGGAGGGACGGGAUAAAAUCAAGAACAGUGUUAACAUCAACAAGUUCUGGCUCUCAUCGGCAUGCGGCUCAGACUUUUACAUGGCACCAGAGGUUUGGGAAGGACAUUACACAGCCAAAGCAGACAUUUUUGCUGUAGGCAUUAUCAUCUGGGCCAUGAUAGAGAGAAUCACAUUCAUUGACGCCGAGUCAAAACGGGAGCUUCUCGGGACGUAUGUGCGGCAAGGUUCGGAUAUCGUCCCAGUUGGAGAGGCUCUUUUGGAGAACCCAAAGAUGGUGCUGAGUAUUCCCCAGCGCAGGCGCUCGCACAUGCCUGAGGCACUCCGGAAACUUUUGCAGGACAUGCUGGCCGUCAAUCCUCAGGACCGACCAGACGCACUAGAACUGCACAGCAGGAUGGGACAGGUCACUUGCGCAGCAUGAACUCUGACCUGAAUGCACACACAGGUUUUCCCUUUCCAUAACAGACCAGAAGGGACCGCGUUGCUUGGAAAACUGUGAAUCCUCCAUUGCUGAUUUAAUGUGAAGAGUACAAAGUACUCAACAUGAACACCAAUACAAAGUUUGCCACAAAGAGAUUUCCAACUGACCGUUCACUUUUUUUUUGUUUACAUUAGUAAUUUAAACGAAUCAUUCAGUUAUCCCAGAAGUGUUCAGCCUAAAUCAAUCAUCAGUUAUGUCACUCAGAGUGAAGUAUAGCUAAAAAUGAUGUUACGAUGCAGUGAGUACAAUCAAGCUAAAUCAAGCAAGGUCUUUAAUAGUCUUACUGAGGGACUGGGACUUUAAAAUUCUGUUCUCAGAGCCUCCCUGCUCGCUCAUCCCCUCAAAACAAUCAUAUGCCAUAAAAACAGACCAUGAGGAAAGUAUUUCAGUUAUUUUAUUCAGUUUUAUGAGCAGUAAAGCUUUCAGUUUUAGUUUACAAAUUAUUAUAAUUUUUUUUGGGGGGGAAGGAAAUCCAAAUACAAACAAUUGUCACAAAUCCUGUCAUUACCAUAGUCUCACACUUGGCUCUUACUUGACUCCACAAAAUUUGAUCAUCUUUAUCUUUCCUCUGUCACAACAAAAUAGCUGAAAUCAUGAGAAUUAAAGACCAACUUUCUUUAACCUGGUUUUCAUUUGCCAUUAAAAUGCUGAUGAUUUUAAGCCCAAACCCAAUAUUACGCAGAUUUAUCCUGGUGCCUUGAAGUCUAGUGAUAUAAGUGAGAUUUCUAGUAGUGUUUUGUUUUGUUUUACAGCUUUAUCUUUUAGACAUGCAGUACGUUUUGCAAGUUUUUAAUAUUUUAACACUUUACAUAUUAGACAUGCGCAGUUUAACCAUUUAGGUGUUUGUUUGUACAUUGUGUGAGAAUUUUUUUUUGGCCAAAAAAAAUGAUUAAUUCUGGUGCCCCAUUUACAAUAAUGCGGUCACUUAUGAAAAAAAUAGUGUGAACAACACUUCUGCACGGACACGCACACUACUACAGUUUCACGGUUUAGUUGUCUUGGAAUCUGGUAGUUUAAAAUAUGGAUUUGAUUAUGAUUAAAGGGAGCAGUUAAAGACCGUGUGAGUGUUAUUUGUUUUAUAUUAGAAAUACUACUUAUGCAUUUUCAAUAUAGAACAGAUUUUUUGGUUGAUUUGUCAAAAAUCCAAUAUUUCUUUUUUGUUAACCGACUACUUGAUGAUUUCAAAUGGAUGUGAGCUCAUUAGUGUAGCUCUUUUUCAUCUGUGUCCUGAAUGCUUCACAGAGAAGAAUUUGGAGUGGUUUUGCCUGACAGUUUGUGUGUGCUAUAGUUCUACCUCAGCACUCGUGUGUUUUAGUAUCUAAUUCACUAAAUAAACUAACAGUGCUUUCUGUUUUUUGGUGAGGCUAGUAAUAAAUGUUUUUCAGAUGGAAUAAUUUAUUUAUUUUUUGUUGUUUUUUUUAAUAAUAAAUCUAUAGUGUCAAGCUUUUUAAUACUUUUAGCUUCUUUUAUUCCCCUUUCUCUGUUCGUGACUGCUUAUUGCUGUCUGCUGUGAGAGAAACCUGAGGCCUGAGAGAUCAAUACUUUUUUCUUUUUUUAGAUUAAAUCAGCCUCAGGUUUAAGGUAUUUUGAGAGAUGGACCGUGUGGCUCUCCACCUGGGAACAAGAAGUGUUUUGUUACUUUUUAAGUGUUCAAUUAUGUUUUUAUUUUGUCAGCUAAUGCUAUUUGGUUUUAUUGGGAACAUUCUUUUGGAUUCUUUUAAAUCCACUUUAAUUUUCCCGAAUGGCAAUUUAAAUGAUUGUGUCUUUUACAAGGUUCAGUUAAUCCUGGAAAGAGUUGGUAAAUGUUUGUGCAUUUGCUUUUUUGUCCUUUUAAUUAUGACUCUUUUCAAUUGGAAUGUUUCAGAGAGCAUAAACACAGAGAAAUUAGUUUUAGCAGUCAUACGAACCACAGUAUUAGACUGCACUUGCACUGAAGAGAGUGAACCGAGUUUAACAAAAGCUCACUUCCUGUUCUAUAAUCUCUUUUGCUUCAAUUCUUUGUAUUCCUUGUGCUCCAACUAUGACUGUACAGCGCACUCUAUGCAACCUCUCCUUUUCUGACACUGUAUGAUGCUGCUCUGCUCAGACCAUGGCAAUUUGUUGUUCCUUUUAUGAUUUUUUUUUUUUUUUAAUGGAACACUUUCUGCUUUUAGUGUGCAAAUGUUGGAAAUUUUUUCCUUUGUGUAAAGCACACUAGAGCUGUGGACGCUUCAUUAGCUCGGGUAUCAUCCCUUUUUCUUUUGUUGUUUUUGUUCAAUAAACCAUGUAAAACCAUAA